AUGGCCGAGUAUACGCGGCUGCAAAAUUGCCUGGCGAUGAUCCGCCUCCGAAACCCACCGGUCAACGCGAUCAGUGCGGCUGUAAUCCAUGGAAUAAAAGAGGGACUACAGAAAGCUAUGACAGACCGUGCGGUAAAAGCCAUUGUGAUUUGUGGAGCAGAUGGCAAAUUCUGUGCAGGUGCUGAUAUCCAUAGUUUCAGAAUUCCUAGGACCUCUGGCCUUGCACUGGGAUCUAUAGUAGAUGAAAUACAAAGAAAUGCGAAGCCUGUGGUGGCAGCUAUUCAAGGCAUGGCUUUAGGAGGGGGACUAGAGCUGGCCCUGAGCUGUCACUACAGGAUUGCCCAUGCAGAGGCUCAAGUUGGCUUCCCAGAAGUCACCUUAGGAAUUCUUCCUGGUGCAAGAGGAACCCAGCUUCUCCCCAGACUCAUUGGAGUUCCUGCUGCACUUGACUUAAUUACCUCAGGUCAGUACAAACCUUGCCAACAACUGUCUAGAUCAAUGUGA